GAUGAUUAAUUUGCAUUUACUCUCUAUGAGACAUUACCGUAAGCAUAAUCAUCUGUUCAACAAGCGCAAACUAUACUUACAUGAAAUCGUAUGAAAUUUGAUCAUUAUCGCAAACAUAGUCACAUAUCAUAUUAUAUCUCAUGAGCAUAAUUUUAUUGAAUUGGCCUAUUGAUAAUUGGAAUGAAAAUGAAUUGAAAUGGUUGAACAUGAUAGAAAAAGAUCUAUUCCAUUCAUUUCAUGUCUGAUUUCAGUGAAGUUAAAGGAAAUUUUUUUUUGACUUGUUUGUCUUAUAUGAAACCCUAUAUUCCGACUACACAUUAUACAUUCUAUACUAUUUAUAUAGAUCAUGUGACAGACAACGUAAUUCCAUCAUAAAUUUUAGGGAAAGAUCGUUCAACUAGUGGAUAGGUAUAGAUAUCUACUUAAAAUAAGGGUUGGAUUUCGACAUUUACGAAAACAAUCAUAUGUCAAUAGAUAUUUUUUAUAAAUCUAUGACUCUCUUUAAUGAGAGGAGUUUAGACUCAGUGUCGUCUCUCAUUAAAAUCAUUGGACGUCGAGUUUGAAAUACAUCUAUAUCAUUGGUUUUGGGGAACUUACAUCUUUUUAAAGAAAAUAGUGAGUGUAAGUUUUAAGUCGCAUUUUUGUGGAUCUUAGCAAUUGAGGAUAACAGGCGUCAGACUUUGUAUAGUUUUUUUUGCAAAAUUGAUGAAGUUAUAAUUUUGAAAGAUAAUCAACAUCAUUGUUUCUGAGUUACUUAACAUAUAUAUAUAUAUAUAUAUAAUAGUGCGUAAGAUCUGCUAUAGAUAUAAUGGAUAUGUAAAACAGAUGCAUUUGCCAAUUAAUUCAAUGAUUAUAAUAAUAAGAAUGUUAAAUUAAGAAAAACGAAUUUAAAAAAUGAAUAAUAAGAAGCGAAUAGUAGCAAAGCAAAAUAAAAAAUAGAGUGCCCGUAGAAAAAGAAAAUUUCUGUUCAAAAUGCAGAAAUUAGAAACACUCUUACUCUGAUGUUCGAUUAUCCUACAAAAUAACUAUAGUCUACAAAAGAUUUUUCAUUUUACAUAUUUUGUAUUAGUUUAAUGAGGCUAGAGAAUAUAUGUGAGUUUCACAUUUCAGCCCCAAAGGGGCUACGCUAACAAGCUUCCUAUAUUAUCAAUAUCAGUAUAGAAAACUAAGAAUAAAAAUAUAUGUUCCAGCGUAUAGUAGAGGAUAAUAGAGAAAAAUUUAAUUUUUCAUCUUGUGAUAGUUUUAGAAAAAUUUGGACAUCGAUAUUUUUUCUGUCGAAAUAUUUUGUGAAAAAAAACGUUCUCUAUUAUGUGAAAAUUUCCAAGAUACAGCUGUACCUUGACUAAUCUAUUAUACAAAGCAUUUGUGAAGUCAAAAAUGAUUUUACGAUUACAAUAAUAGAAAACAUCGACUUUCAUAACACAACAUUGUGUAUUUUGUACAUUUCUCUAUAAUAGAAGCUAUUGAAUCAACAAUUCUCAAAUAAGUAAAAGAACAUGAUAGAUCACACAGAAUCAAAUAAGAGCAGUCAAGAUUUGGAUUAUGUAAUGCUAUAACUUUCUUUUGUUUAUGAAUCCUAUUUAGUCAGAUAAAAUCAGAUCAGAGUACUUUACUCUGUUCUUAUAUAUUUCUUAAUCUCAGAAUCUAAUACUAUGUCCAAUGACAUCUUUUAUUCUGAAUCUGACAAAAUCUUUAAAAAAUGCAUCUAUUUUCACUGUCUCUUUUUUCUUUCCCGUCUACUUUACAUCUCAUGCAUAUCCCUUCUCUCUUGCAUUCUUUUUGUGCAUGGUGUUGCAUCUAGUCUAUUUUCAAUAUUCUUGUUCAGAAUCUUCGAGAAGAUUAUUAUUAUCCUGAGACUUCUAUUAUAUAUAUCCGCCCUUGUGCCUAUGAUAUUCAUUAUGUUCAGAAGAAUUCAGUGAAAACCCUCCCAGAAUCGGUUUGUGAUGAGCACUUUGUUCAAGGAAUUUUUUGUAUUUACUGUUCCAAAUAAAGGAAAACUAUAAUUCUAAUAAUUACUUUACAAGACUGAAGAGGAAAACAAUCUAAUUUGGGCAAGAAUACCAGUUCAGCAAUCAAAAUCAUAGAAAUAUGAAUACAUGUUAUCAUAUUAUCUCCAAAAAUUAGCUUGGGCAUCCGAGGGUUAAAUAUACAUAAGUUUUUGGACAUAAUUAAAUCUAUGAUUGAUAUCAAAUAGUAGCACAUUAAUUUAUUGCUUUAUAAACUUUCUCAUAAAAUUUAAAGAUAGGCACCUCCAUUCUGUCCUGUCCCUACUCCAUUUUAACUCUGAUGAGAAAAAGCAUCAACUUUGGAGUUGAAAUUGCCCAUCUCUGAUGUCAACCAUUUCAAAAUAUUUACUCUUCAGAUCCUCCUGAACAUAUCCAUAACAUGCGAGCUUACAGAAGACUUCUCAGAACAAGUACUACAUAAGAAUUAUAGCAUGAUCCUCAUAGAAGAUGCUCAUUAUUUUUAGAUUUUCAAAGCCCAUAAAAUCCAUAGAUCUCAAUGUUUGUCACUGGAGAACUCCGUUCGGAUUGACAUCCAUCUUUUCAGUAUUUCCAAAAGUAGAAGCCCUCUCAGAUUAAAUAGAUUCGCAUGGAAUCCUCUCAACUUUGUUCAAUUUCUCCUGUAUCCAAGCCUUCUCAUGAUCUUACUCAGAGUACAUCACGGUUGUUCUUCGAACAGCUUCACAUAACUUACCAAAAGCCUAUGCAAAUACUUAGGAGAUUCUUCGGCAGAUCUACAUUCAUCAUAUAGAAAAUUAUGUAUCCUUAAGGUUUCCUAAAAAACAUAGGGAUUAGAUUUGAUAUUUUGUUGUUCAACGAUUCGAUAUUCUUCUCACAAGAUACAGAUAGAAUCUUCUGUGAUGUUCAUAUAAAUGAUCAUUCUGCCAAAAAGAUUCUGAAUUCUUGCAAUUCUGAAAAAAAUCUUCAGAUUCUUAUGUUUUUCUAUCAAAAACUUACAUGGAAUUAGUAUUACUCUUUCUUGGAGAACCUCCUUACAGCAAUCUCCAGGUGUUAUUUUUAUGAUCAAAAAGAUCUUGGCAAGAACUAGAAGUAACAUAGAUGUAAGAAUCGUUACCAAAUCCUUUUUUUCUCAUAAGAAACUAGGAAAAGACUUCUGAAUUUUUAUCUGUGGAAUGAGCAUUUUCAAAGACGAAUGUCAUAUUUUGUAGCACUUGCUCCCACGAGAGAUGGAAUCCCUUCGAUAACGACGACUUCUUUUCUUUUUUGUUCAUUGUAGUAAUUCCCAUUAUUCCAGCCGAUGCCCGAUGGAAACAGAAUGGUACGACUGUUGCUGGAGGCCAUGGAUGGGGUAGUGCUACCAAUCAACUCCAGAGGCCUCAUGGUCUCUUUGUUGAUGAUGAUCAAACGAUAGUCAUCGCUGACUACGGCAAUCAUCGUAUCAUCCAAUGGAAGAUGGGUGAUACGAAUGGACAAGUAGUAGCUGGUGGCAAUGGCCAAGGAAAUCGACUGGAUCAAUUGAAUGGUCCAACCGAUGUGUUGAUCGACAAAGAGACGGAUAAUCUCAUUAUUUGUGAUUGGUUGAAUCAACGAGUCGUUCGAUGGUCUCGUCGUAGUGGUACAACUCAAGGAGAAAUCCUCAUCGACAACAUCUCGUGUCCGGGAUUGGCCAUGGAUGAUCAGAGAUAUCUCUACAUCUCUGACACCGACAAACAUGAAGUAAGACGAUAUCAAAUAGAAGACAAGAAUGGAACUCUUGUAGCUGGUGGCAAUGGCAAAGGUGCUGGUCUCAAUCAACUCAACUCUCCGUACUACAUCUUUGUCGAUCAACAACAGACUGUCUACGUGUCAGACAACAACAAUCAUCGUGUAAUGAAAUGGAAUAAAGGUGCAAAAGAAGGAAUUGUUGUCGCUGGAGGUCAAGGCCAAGGGAAUGCUCUGACACAAUUGCCGUAUCCUAAUGGACUGUUCGUCGAUACAUUGGGUACCAUCUAUGUAGCAGAUUUUGGGAAUGAUCGAGUAAUGCGUUGGCCUAAAGGAGCAAAACAGGGCACUGCCAUUGUCGGUGGAAAUGGUGGAUUUAUUACAACAGAAAAGAAUGAAACAAGAUAUAUUCUUCUUUUGAAUAAAAAUUUAUUUAUAUCGACAUAUCUAUUCUAUACACAUCAAGAUCAACAAUUUGUUAUUCAUGUACAAUAUUUAAUUGAAAUGGAAUAUAAGAGAAAUCGAAUACAAAUUAAUAUUAAUUUUACAAUAUUAUUAAAUAUUAUUCAAUCAGAGUUUCUUGCUGCGCAUCGUGAUUAUAUAGAAAUAUUUCAAGUUAUUGAACUUUCACAAGAAUUAAGAACAACAUGA